AGUUACAUAUAACUUGCAUACCAAACGAGUAGCUGAAAAUUUCAGCCAUGGAAAAAUUCACAGGAGCUUUAGUGUUGAUGACGAUGGCGUCGUUGAUAUUAGUUGGAGAGAUACAUUUUGGGUCGGCACAGAAGACCCCUACUCCCUCUCCAUCCAUUGAAUCCAUUGUCACUAAGGACUUCUUUAACCGUAUUAAAUCAGGAAUUCCUGCUACUUGUAAGGGAAAGAGCUUCUACACUUACGAAGGCUUUAUCAGUGCAGCUAAAGCUAAAGUAUUCUCUGGUUUUGGCACCACCGGAUCUCUUACAGUUCGUAAGAGAGAGCUUGCUGCUUUCUUUGCUAACGUAGCCCAUGAGACUGGAAGUCUGUGUUAUAUCGAAGAAAUUCUAAAGAGUACCUACUGCCAAAGUUCUACCCAAUAUCCUUGUGCGCCUGGGAAGCAAUACUACGGACGGGGACCUCUUCAGCUAACAUGGAACUACAACUACGGAGCAGCCGGACAUUUUUUGGGACUUCCGUUGCUGAAAAACCCAGAGUUGGUGGCACAAAAGCCGGACAUUGCCUUCAAGACAUCUCUGUGGUUUUGGAUGAGAAACAGCAACUGUCACAUAGCCAUGACUUCCCCAGCGGGUAGCGGAUUUGCAGGAACAAUCAGAGCAAUCAAUAGCGGAGAAUGCAGGGGAGGGCGUCCAGCGGCGGUGCAGAGUCGAGUGAAUUUAUAUAAAAAAUUAUGUGGAUGGCUGAAAGUCACUACCGGUCCCAAUCUUUCAUGUUGAUAUUCCUUACAUAUCACAUAUAUAAAUAAAUAAAUAAAAGCUGCAUAAGCAGUGAUGGUACGAAUAAGCUCGGUCAUAUGUAGCAACACUGAACAGACCACAAGCCGUAUCGUUCGGUUGUCUGUUGGGCAUCUUGCUGUAAGAAUGGACGUAAAUGCAAAUAAUUUGUCUUGCCAUAAUUUCUAAGUAAAA